AUGGAAGACAUGGCAGCAGGAAACCAUUGCACAGUGACUGAGUUUUUCUUGGCUGGCCUCUCAGAGGAGCCAGAACUCCAGCUGCCACUCUUCCUCAUCUUCCUGGGAAUCUAUCUUAUCACUGCUGCAGGGAACCUGGGCAUGAUCACACUGAUUGGGCUCAGUUCCCAUCUGCACACACCCAUGUACUAUUUCCUCAGCAGUCUGUCCUUCAUUGACUUCUGUCAGUCCACAGUUGUUACCCCUAAAAUGCUGGUGAAUUUUGUGACAGAGAAGAACUUCAUCUCCUACCCAGAAUGCUUAGCUCAGCUCUACUUUACCAUCAUUUUUGGAACUGCAGAGUGCUACACAUUAGCUGCAAUGGCGUAUGACCGCUAUGUAGCUAUCUGUAACCCCUUGCUUUACAAUGUAACCAUGUCCUCUCAGAUUUACGGUUCUCUGAUUUCGGGGGUAUAUAUUUUUGCUGUGUUCUGUGCAUCAGUAAACACAGGAUUCAUGUUUAGGAUUCAGUUCUUCAGGAUAGAUGUGAUUAACCACUAUUACUGCGAUGAUGUUCCCCUUUUUCAGCUUGCAUGUUCUAGCACCUAUAUCAAUGAAAUGUUGAUUCUGUUUUUUGGUAUAUUGAAUAUCUUUGUCCCGAUGCUGACCGUCAUUACUUCCUAUGUCUUCAUUGUUGCCAGCAUCCUCCGCAUUCGCUCCAGGGAGGGCAGGUCCAAAGCCUUCAGUACUUGCAGUUCCCACAUCUUGGCUGUUGUUGUUUACUUUGGAUCUUUAGCAUUCAUGUACUUACAGCCAUCAUCAGUGAGUUCGAUGGACCAAGGGAAAGUGUCUUCUUUGUUUUAUACUACUGUUGUCCCCAUGUUGAACCCUUUGAUCUACAGCCUGAGAAAUAAGGACGUCAGUGUUGCACUGAAGAAAAUACUUGAAAGUAAAAAUUUUAUGUAAGCAGAAGUCAUGUAAAGAUUAC